UAUAUAAAACAUAAAAUAAUGUAUACACCAAUCAUGCACUCUCUCCCUCCGAUAAAUAAAAGACCACCUUAUCUCUACUUAAUCAACACCACAUAUCCCUUCAAAUCUCAAAACAAGGAGUUAUUAUUAAUGUCCAUGGCAGAAAAACCCCAUAUAGCUAUUCUAACCAGUCCAGGGAUGGGUCACCUCAUCCCACUAAUCGAGUUUGCCAAGGUGCUACUUGCUCUUCCCCAUGGCUUCAAUGUCACGUGCAUCAUUCCCACGAUUGGGUAUCCAUCAAAAGCCAUGAAAGCCGUUCUUGAAGGCCUCCCCACCAACAUAGACCAUGUCUUUCUUCCUCCAGUGAGCCCCAAGGACCUCGAGGAAGCACACCCUGGGAUCCAGAUUUUCCUUACCAUUACUCUCUCUCUACCAUCCCUUCGUGAUGUGUUGAAGUCAUUACUUGAGACAACUCGGUUGUCUGCUCUCGUCUUUGACCCUUUCGCAAGCGACGUACUAGAAGUUGCCAAGGAAUUACAACUGUCACCGUACUUUUUCAUCCCCACAAAUGCCAUGGUUUUGUCGCUCCUCUUGCAUCUUCCGACACUGGACGAGACAAUUCCAUGUGAGUACAGAGACCUACCAAAACCAUUGAAACUCCCGGGGUGCAUACCUAUUCACGGUAGAGAUCUAAUAUACCCAAUUCAAGACCGAAAAAGUGAAUGGUACAAACUAUUUCUUCGCAGUGCAAAACGUCUCCCAUUAGCCGAGGGGAUCAUUGUUAACACGUUCACCGACUUGGAAGGACGAGUUAUAAAAGCUCUAAAAGAGGACGAAGCUGGAUAUCCUCCAAUUUAUCCGGUUGGACCAAUCAUUCAAAGUGGCUCAGGUACUGAUGAUGAAAAUGACGGGUCAGGGUGUUUAAGAUGGUUGGACAAUCAACCAGGUGGUUCUGUCCUAUUUGUCUCUUUUGGGAGUGGUGGGACCCUGUCGUCUGAUCAAAUAAACGAGCUAGCCUUAGGAUUGGAAUCGAGUGGGAAAAAAUUCUUAUGGGUGACUAGAAGCCCAAACAAUGAAUCUGCUAACACCACAUACCUUAAAAAUCAGAGCCAUGACAAUCCUCUUGCUUUCUUACCACAAGGGUUUCUAGCGAGGACCAAAGGUCAAGGUCUAGUCGUACCCUCUUGGGCACCACAGGCCCAGAUCCUAAGCCAUGCCUCCACGGGUGGGUUCCUAACCCACUGUGGCUGGAAUUCGACCCUGGAGAGCAUCAUGAUCAAUGGCACACCAUUGAUUGCUUGGCCGCUUUAUGCAGAGCAAAGAAUGAAUGCAGUAUUCUUAGUUGAGGAUCUAAAAGUGGCAUUAAGACCAAAAGCUGAUGAGAAAGGCCUUGUAGGUAGAGAAGAAAUUGCGAAAGUCGUGCAGGGUCUAAUGGCCGGAGAAGAGGGGAAGAGUGUUCGCAAGCGUACAAAAGAGCUAAUGAUUGCUGGUGAGAAAGCAAAAAGUGCAGGUGGUUCUUCCACAAGGGCACUCUCUGAAUUAGCAUCGAAACUUGCUUUUAAACCGAGAUCAUUUUAGUUUUCUUGCUCUUCUUCUUUAUGGUUCUUGUUUUUGUUUUUUUUUAGUUAAGUCACGUUGUCAUGUACUGUUGUUGAAUAAGUGAAAAUCGGAUGAUUGGUAAUUUGGUCAUGCCCUGUUUUA